UUGCUUAUACUUGUCCGAGUCAAAAAGUUCUAAACACGGAUAAAGCCAGUACAUGUACCUCCCUCGUUUCAUCCCAAACCAGUCAGACAGUGAACCAAACACCAAGAAGGGCAAGCAAGAACAACCCAACACACGAAGCUAACUUUACGUACUGCAAAGUUUGAGCUGAUCGACGCCGACGAACAGGAAGAAUGGCCGGAGGGGGAGGAGCCGACCUGAAGCUGCAGGGGCCGUGGGCGAGCCCCCACGUCCUGCGCGUGCGACUCGCGCUCGGCCUCAAGGGCAUGAGCUACCAGUAUGUGGAGGAGCAAGACCUGAAAAAGAACAGGAGCGAGCUGCUUCUCCAGAGCACGCGGCCGGUGCUGGUCCACGGCGGCGAGCCUGUCCGCGGGACGUCGCUGAAUAUGGUACAGUACGUCGACGAGGCCUUCGCCGGCGUCGGCCCUUCCCUCCUCCCCGACGACCCCUCUGAGCGUGCUGCGGGUCGCUACUUGGCAGACUUUAUCGAUGACACGCUCAUCAAGGCGAUGCACGAGGCGUCAUGGGGCAAGACGGUCGGGGAGCGAGCAGAGGGGAAGAAGCAGGUGGGCGGCGCGGUGCAGACCCUAGAGGCAGCUCUGAGCGAGUGCUCGAACCCCUUUUUCGGCGGCAACACGGCCGGAUAUGUGGACGUCGUGCUCGGCAGCCUCCUCGCCUGGGUGCACGCCACUGAUGCGAUGCAAGAUGUCAAGACCUUCGACCCCGCCACCGUGCCGCUCCUGGCCGAGUGGACGAAGCACUUCGGUGCGCUCACAGUGGUCCAUGAGGUCAUGCCGGAGGAGACCGAGCUGGCCAAUUUUCUUCCCAAAGCCUUUCCUGCUCGCGGCCGCUCUGGUCAAUGGUUCAAUCAUGUCGUUUCUGCGUUGCUAUUUGUAUUCGUAUUUUUGCCGCUUGUUCGCAAAUGGUGGUGUACUAUUUCGCCUGGUUGGGUCGAGCCGGCGGCGGAGGAGAUCCCCAGGGUCAUAUCCCUCGCGCUUUCCAUGGCAUUCGCAGGCUGGUUCCUGGAGCGUUGCCGCAUUGUCUUUGCUACGCUCAUGAAGAUCUUGACUUCGUGACCGGCCGGAUUGAUGUUUCUUCUUUAUGUUUUUACAUUUU